CUCUAUGGUACAACAUAUUUUGUCAUGUAAUGUCAAACAUUUGUAGAUGAUAACCAUAAGGAGAUAUUAUUACCUAUAAAUUAAAACCCAUUUGCAACCUUUUACUAUAUUGGGAAGGCAAGAUAGAAAAAAUUGGCUCAAAUUGGAAGAAAUAAAAACCGAAUCCAAAUUUAGGUCAUGAACAUGCUUUUUGGGGGUCUUUAGAUCAAUGGCAUCUUCAAACACUUCAUUACUGCUGGUGCUCUUCCCUGAUCCUAGGUCUGGAUUCUCGUCUUUUGUAUCUGAAUUCUUGCAUUUUAUAAUCUUUAGGCUGCCUGCUUCGUAAUCAUUCUCUUCUUUCGAAAUUGACUCUUGCGAUGGAAACAAGAAAGAAAGUAUUGAUGACAAAUAGCUUUCAUCUUUAAGAGGUAAACUGGUCUGCAAAUAAGGAAGAACGCCAUGGUCAAAGCUUCAAGAUUUAGUCAAAAUUUCACAAAUUAUGAAUUCAUAUUGUAUAAAUGGAAUUAUAUACUUUCUAAUUUUUAUGCCCAGAUCGUAAAAAACCAAAUUUACGUGAAUACGGUUCCUUAAGAACACGAAAAGUAGAUGAAUUUCACGAUGAUAGCAAGCCAAUUCGAAGAAAAACUGGAAAGCAAUCAAUGUACAUAUCAGAGAAAGAAGGAGAGAGAGAUGUAGAUGGGGUACCUGAUCGUGAUCAGAAGACGAUGGAGAAGAAGAUGAAGAAGAAGAAGGCUCGUAAAAGAAAUUGGCUAUCUUUUCUGUAAAUUUAUCUUUCCAUGAAUGCAUUGUGAGAGAGUAGGAGAAAAACGAAUUGAUUUUGGAACCCUAAAAUGCAGAGCGAAUGAACGUGAUGGUUGAGGUUAACACGAUAAGGAGAGACGAUGGACAACAUUCACGUCUAUACAAAGUCACGAAUAUUACAAAAUUUUAUCUUCGAAUGUCUUGAAAUAGAAAACACUUGGCUUUUUAGUUUUCUUAAAAUAGAAUUUUCAUAUGGGUGCCCUCUAUCUCCGGUUACAUGAUUGUUAAAUUGAUUAUCUGUAAAACCCAUUUCCGAUUUUAUUUUCUUUGCCGAUGAACUCCGGCUGCGGUGUAAGCGGUUUCAUUGCAACUUCUUUUCGCCGCCAUUUUUCUCAUCGCCUCCAACGACAAGGAGGACCAAUCAACAAUGAGAUCAUAAUCGAAAACUUGAAAAUUUGCGCAAACUUGAGACAACUAGAAUCUAUUUACGCGUUCAUGGUCAAGAACAGCUACCAUCAAGAUUGUUUCAUGAUAAAUCAGUUCGUCUCAGCCUGUUCGACCUUUUCUCAAACAGAUUACGCAAUCCAAGCCUUUACCCAGAUGGCGGAUCCCAAUGUAUUUGUGUAUAACGCUGUUAUCCGAGCUUGUGUGUCUUGUUUUGUCCCAAUUCAAUCUCUUCAAAUUUAUCUACAAAUGUUGAGAGCUCGAAUUUCUCCCACUAGCUAUACAUUUCCUUCCGUCAUCAAAUCCUGUGCUUUAGUCCAACAAUACAGAAUCGGAGAAGCCAUUAAUGGACAGAUAUGGAAGUUCGGGUUGAAAUCACAUGUGUACGUCCAGACAGCAUUGAUCGAUUUCUAUUCAUGUUUUGCAAAGAUCUUGGAAUCCCGCCAGGUAUUCGAUGAAAUGGUUGAAAGAGACGCUUUCGCCUGGACAUCCAUAAUUUCAGUACAUUCAAGAUCAGGAGACAUGGUUUCUGCUCAUAAACUGUUCGAUGAAAUGCCUGAAAGAACUUGUGCUUCUUGGAACUCUUUAAUCGAUGGAUACGCCAGAAUAAAAGACAUCAACUCUGCAGAGCUUUUAUUCAACAACAUGCCAUCAAAAGACUUAAUCUCAUGGACCACUAUGAUAAAUUCCUACUCCCAAAACAAACUCUACCAAGAAUCAUUAUCAACUUUCAUCAACAUGACAAAACAUGGCAUCACCCCUGAUGAAGUCACCAUGGCAACUGUAAUCUCAGCCUGUGCUCACCUUGGAACACUUGAUAUCGGAAAGAAAAUCCAUCUUUAUAUUGCAAAAAACCGUUUUAAUCUUGAUGUUUACAUUGGGUCUUCUUUGAUUGACAUGUAUGCAAAAUGUGGCAACUUAGAUCAAUCGCUCUUGGUGUUCUAUAAAUUACCCGAAAAGAAUCUUUUUUGUUGGAACUCAAUAAUCGAAGGGCUUGCAUCACAUGGGUACGCGAUAGAAUCGUUAAAAAUGUUUAGUCAAAUGAAAAAAGAGAAUAUAAAACCAAAUGGGAUUACUUUUAUAAGUGUUCUUAGUGCUUGUACUCAUGGAGGAUUAGUCAAAGAGGGGUGGAAAUGUUUUCAAAGCAUGAGUCAAGAUUUUCUAAUUCCUCCUGGAAUUGAACAUUACGGGUGUAUGGUUGAUUUGCUAUGCAAGGCUGGAAUGUUAGAAGAUGCAAUGAAAUUGAUAAAGGAGAUGGGAAUGGAACCGAAUGGUGUGAUUUGGGGUGCGGUUUUGGGAGGGUGUAAGAUUCAGAAGAACUUGGAAUUGGCGCGGGUUGCUGUUGAAAAGUUGAUGGUUUUGGAACCGGAUAAUAGUGGGUAUUAUAGUCUUUUUGUUAAUAUGUUGGCGGAAGAAAAUAGGUGGAGUGAGGUGGCUAGAAUUAGGUCAAGUAUGAAAGAGUUUAGGGUGGAAAAAAAGAUUCCGGGGUCGAGUUGGAUUGAGAUUGAGGGGAAGUUACAUCAGUUUUCGGCUUCUGAUAAGUAUCAUGAAUGUUCUAAGGAGAUUUACUUGUUGCUUGAUAGAGUAUGUGGGAAACAAGUACUUGAUGCAUGUGUAAAUGAGUAUCCCUCUUUUCUUUGAUAUAAUUCUUAGUGAAAUCUAC